ACAGAGAAGAAGAAGCAGAAGCAGCAGCAGAAGAAGAAGCGGCGUCUCCUGGAUGCGGAAGGCGAGCAGCAGGAAAGCAAAAUGAAAAUAAACAAUAUCUUUAAGUUAAUUUUAUUUGAAGAACAUUAAUCAGUUUAUGAUUAUAGAGAAAUGUAAAGCAUGUUUUGGGAGUCAUGCUGGGAAAUGGCGAAGGUGAUCCCCUGCAGGCGUCCCUCAGUGUGGUUGGAGCGUUGGAGUGUGUGGUGCGGAGGUGUGUGGGGCCGAGCGGUGGGACUGUGAUCCUCACUAAAGACACGGGAGAAACUUUAAUCACCAAACACGGAUGCCGCGUCCUCACUGCACUGCAUCUGGAGCAUCCUAUAGCCAGGACGGUGCUGGAGUGUUUGUGUGCACACGAUCAUGUUACAGCAGACGGCUCAAAGUCGUUUAUCCUCCUGCUGGCAGCGCUGCUGCAGGGAAUCCGCGACUCUGUGCAUGACACUGUACACACACACCGCCGCCACGCGUCCUGGAAACUGGCCAAUCAGCUUUAUGAAUUCUGCUGGGACGGGUUGGAUGAUGUCAUAGCUCAUGGAGUCAUUCCUUACGCCUCAUCUCUGUUUGGUUCCGGAAGAUGUGAGCUGGAGGGCGGAGUCUUGGCUGCGUUGGUGGGCGGAUAUGUUGGUGGGCGGGUCGGUCCUGGUCAGGUCGAGGUUCUCACGCCGCUGCUGUGUGAGCUGUACACGAGGGUCGGACAUGGAGACACGGACAGUGCAGCCGUCUCAUUUAUUCACUCAAACUUCUCUCGGCUGCACACGGCCGUGUCAGGACUUCACAGCGGCCAGUCAUGCGUGGUGGAAGGUCUCCUCCUGGCUUGUGAUUGGUCCUUUUGGAAAGAAACAGACGGCCCGGUGAAGGCGCUAGUUGUCUUUGAGAAAUUAGACACAUGUUAUGAUGAGAGAGUGAGUAUUCAGGUUCAGGGUAACGGGACAUUUCAGAGUGACAGCAUUGUACAGCAGAGAUUAGCGACACUCCUGCGCCUCCAGGUGGACGUCGUGCUAUCAGCAGUGAAGCAGCCGGACUGUGUCUUGGCGUGGGCGUGGCUGAACACCGUCUCUGUGCUGGACUGCUGCGAUCGGGAGCAGCUGGACCUGCUGUGUGAACUGAGCGGAGCAGAAACGCUCGCAGUGCAGCCACUGAUGCGUGUCGGGAUGCUAACACACUGCCGCCGCUUUCAGCUCGGAGGACGCAGAUACACUAACGUCGGGGUCACGCACACGUCAGUACACGUACACUCCCUGGUGCUGUGUGCACCUGCUGCAGGACCGCUCCAACAGAGCGUCAGUGUGAGCCAAGGCGUGUCCUUCAUGCUGCAGCAUCUGAGUCGGUCUCACAGACACAAUGUCUCAUCAUGUCAUCACGAGCAGCAUCUCACAUCCCCACAGAGUCUCGCGUCUCCACAGAGUCUCGCGUCUCCACAGAGUCUCGCGUCUCCACAGAGUCUCGUGUCCCCGCAGCUCCACCCACCAUGUCCAAACCUGCCCCAGUGCAUUUUAAAGUCUGGUGAUGUCAUCCCUGUGGGAGGAGCUUUUGAGUUUCUGUUCCAUCACUCCUUGCUGCGCAGUAACCAUGGUGACCCUGAGAGCCGGAGACUCCUUGCCAAGGCCGUACUGAGCGUGCCCAGAUCUCUGCACACCCGCAGACCUGGAGAUUUCCUGCAACAUCUUGUGCACUUUACGAAUAAUCUGCAGCAGCACCAUCCAAUCGGAGAGCACAGCUCAGGGUCAGAGUUCAUGUGGGGUUUGGGAGCAGAUGGAUCGGCGAGCGUGUGUGUCGAGCCGGUUUGUAGUAAACACCAGUUGGUGGCGUCUGUUCUGCAGUGUGUGAACAGACUGUUGCGUGUGGAGACUGUGAUACACACGUCCAGGCCACUCGCCCUCGCAGCACCGUCCAAGCUGGACACUGAAGAUGAUGAAGAUGAUGAUGAUGAUGAUGAUGGGGCCUGAGGCCAUGUGACUGAUUUCCUCUAAAAGUGAUCUACAUGUCAUUUAAAUCAUUAAAAUAAUAUUCAUGAAUGUGUAAAUUUGGAAACAACCCCCACAUCCUUCAGCCAUCCCUGAUAUUUUUUCACUGAUUUAUUUAACAAAAAAAAUCUAUCAGAAUCUAUUUGUCUGUUACCAUGACAACCACACUCUCUUCAUCACUAACAUUAGAUUGGUGGAUGGAUAAAGCCUCUGCAGCUAAACAUUAGCAUGUUGUUAUUUUUUUUAAAAAUUGCAUAUUAGAUCUGAUUGGUCCAGAACUGUUGUGUUUAUUAUGUGACAUCACAACCUGAGCUCAAACGAUCACAAUUAUCACACAAUAGUUCCACAAUCACUAAAACAACCACACAAGCAGUGAAACAAACAAACACGCCCACAAUCACUCCAAUAAAUAUUCCAAAUAACCACAAAAACAAACAACAAAAUGAAGUUUGGGUCACACCUGAUUCCGCAUGUUUAAUCAGUUCAGCUUGGUCUCUAAUCAGACGUCAGGCGCGUCUCCUUCGCAGCUGGAAUGAAACCCUGUAGCCACGCCCACCCCCUGCAGACCACACAAACGCUACAAACCCAAACACAGUGAUGGUGUGCUGCAGGUUUAUGAGCUGAAUACGCCAUGUUCGUGGUUUUUAUUUUUUAUUCCAGAAAAAUGUUUCAUUUUCAUCAUACAGUAUGUUCAAACACCACACUAACAAAACACUCACUCUGCAGGAGUUUAAACUACACCGCUGAUUCCAAACAGUUGGGACGCUGUGAAAAAUGUAAAUAAAAACAGAGUGAAAUAUUUUGAAAAUCCUUUUCGAUCUAUAUUCAAUUGAAUACAAAACAAAGGCAAGAUAUUUAAUGUUCAAACUGAUAAACUUUGUUGUUUUUUGUAAAUAUACGUUUAUUCUGAAUUUAAUGUAUACAACGCGUUCCAUAGAAGUUGGGACGGAGCAACAAAAGACUGGGAAAGUUAUGGAAUGCUAAAAAACCCACCUGUUUGGAACAUUUUACAGGUAACCAAGUUCACUGGUAAUUGGACAGGCUCAGUCCUUCACAGGCAGGGAUGGGGUGAGGUUCACGACUUUGUAAAAAAACUGUGUGGGAAAAUAGUCCAACACUUUAAGCACAACGUCUUUCAAUGUACGGUUUCAAGGAAUUUAGGGAUUUCAGCCUCGACAAUCAAUAAUACCAUCAAAAGAUUCAGAGAAACCUCUGCACGGAAGGGACAAGACCGAAAACCAACACUGAAUACCUGUGACCUUUGACCCCUCAGGCAGCACUGCAUUAAAAACCAACCUGAUUGUAUGAAGGACAUUACUACAUGGGCUCAGGAACACUUCAGAAAAAUGCUGUCAGUAAACACAGUUCAUCGCUGCAAAUGCAAGUUAAGACUCCAGCAACAACAUCCAGAAACCCUGGUGAAUUCUGUGGGCUGGAGCUCAUCUGAGACGGACUGAGGCACAGUGGAAAUGUGUGCUGCGGUCUGACGAGUCCACUUUUCAAAUUGCUUUUGGAAAUCAUAGACGUCGUGCCCUCCGGGCUAAAGAGGAAAAGGAUUAUCCAGAUUGUUACCAGCACAAAGUUCAAAAGCCAGCUUCUGUGAUGGUAUGGGGGGGGGGGGGUUAGUGCCCAUGGCAGGGGUAACUUACACAUCUGUGACCGUUAAUGUUGAAAGGUUCAUACAGGUUUUGAAGCAACAUGCUGCCAUCCAGAUGACGUCUUUUUCAGCGACGUCCUGUUUAUCCCAGCAAAACAAUGCUAAGCCACAUUCUGUACGCAUUACAACAGCAUGACUUCAUAGUAAAAGAGUGCAGGUGCUAAACUGGCCUGCCUGCCUCCCAUUGAAUAUGUGUGGUGCAUUAUGAAGUGCAAAAUACGAUAACAGAGAUCCAAACUGUUGAGCAACUGAAAUCGUAUAUCGAGCAAGCAUGGGAAAUAGUUUCACUUUCAAACCUUCAAAAAUUUGUGUCCUCAGUUCACAAACACUUCCUCAGUGUUGUUAAAAGAAAAGAUGUAACACAGUGGUAAACACGCCCCGUCCCAACUUUUUGUGGGAAGUAUUGCAGGCAUCAAAUUCAGAAUGAGUGUAUAUUUACAUUAAACAAUAAACUUUAUCAGUUUUAACAUCAAA